AUGUAUAAACCUUCAAGAUCUCUAAGAUAGAGUUAAGAAAAACUCUAUACUCAUAGCAAACCUUCUCCUUAAGCUAGAGCAAUUUCUUUUGUAACAACUAUGGAAGACCCUAUUAGAUAAAUUAGUAGAGAAUUGGAUAAAGAUUUAUAGAAAUAAAAGCUGAAAGUUUAUGAAGCUGAAUUAUUGGAAACAAAAGGUUUAUAUUUGAUUUUAUAGAUUAGAGUAGUAGAGUUCAAUUUUUAUUGAGUUGAAUGAAUAGAAACUGAAAAAUAAAUAAUAAUAAUAACUUAUUGAGAAUUUAGAAUUCAAAGUUUAAAUAGAGAAAAAGGAUUCACUUAUCUAUUAGCAAUAAGUGUAGAGAUUAGAAGAAUAGUACAAUUAUUUAUAAGAUAAUAACAAUACGCAAAAAUAACAGAUAAUCGUUUUAUAAGAGGCUAUAGAGUAAAUUUAGAAAAAGAACAAUCUUGAAAAAGAAAUUAGAAAUGAGAAAGAAUUAUAAUAAGAAAAAGAAAUUAAGUAAAAUUUAUAAUUAAUUUACAAGAUUUUUAUAAAAUGAAAUUAAAAGAUUUUAAGAAGAAAUCUCAAAAUAGAGAGAUCUUAUUUUAUAGAAUAAUUAGUAACAAAAUGCUAAUGAGUUUAUUUAAAUAUUAGAAAAUAAAUUUGAAGUAGUUUAAAAAGAAUUCAUUUUUUAUAAAAAAGAAAAAGAAUAAGAAAUUGAAAAACUUUAAUAAUAGAUAGAGUCAAAUCGAAAUUAAAUUUAAAUAUUGAAUUAAGAAAAUAAAUAAUUAUUAGAAAAAUAAUCAAUAAGCUCAACAACAGAAGAACAUUAAUAAUAAAUUAAAAGUCUAAAAAUAGAAUUAGAAAGCUAAAUAUAAAUAGUUAAAUAGUUAAAUUAAUAAAUAGUAAUAUUAUAAUAACAAAUGAACUAAACAAAUGUGAUUUGUUAAAAUCUAAAAGAAGAAAAAUAAAGUGCAAUAAAAGAAAAACAAGCUAUUGAAACUUAUUAUUUAGAUUAAUUACAGAAACAAGAUGUUUAACUUUCUUAAAUGAUCAAAUCAUCAGUCUAAAAUGAGCAAAAAGCUUAGAUCUAAAAAUUAUAAAUUAUAAUAGAGUAAAAUAAUUAUUUCUAUUGUUUUUAGGCAAAAAGACUUAAUGAUAAGAGAAUUGAGUAUGUAGAAAGAUUGUAAUUGUAAUAAAUAAAUGAAAAAUGAAUAAAAAUUAAUUAUUAGAGAUUUAGAAAAGAAGAAUGCUACUUUAGUUAUGGAGGUUGAAAGAUUAAAUAAAAUUCUAAAAUAAAAAUUAACUGAAUUAGAGAAUCAAACUUCAAGAUCAUGUGAAGAGAAUCAUAAGAAAUACUUAGAAGAAAUUGAGAUUUGGAAAAAUAAAUUCUUAUCCAUUAAUAAACAAUAUCACAUUAGUUAAGAGUAGUUAAUGGUUGUUAAAACAGAAUUAGAUGGUUUAAAAAAAACUAAAUAAAAAGAAAAUAUUGAUCCCAUCUUAAAUAAUAAAAUAGUAUGA